AUGCGCCGCUUCAUGUCCGUAGCCUUUCUGGCCCUUUUCACUGCUGUCUCCGCAAUCCCCAUCACGCCUGCUGCCCCAGAGCUGCAAAGGCGCGUCGAGCAGUUCAGACUCCAUGGACUUGAUGAGCACGAAAUUGCCGCACGCCUCGCGCUCGAAUCCGAAGCGGCUGAGUCACAGCCCCUCUUCUCCCGGCUGUCCACCAAGAUGCACUCGCUCUUCCACCAUUGCACCGAAGAGGAGGAGGAGGACGAUGGCGAUCUCUCAGGUGAUAUUGCCCCGGGCUCCCUCGAAGCGCCACAGAUGCUGCCUCGCCCUGCCAGCAUAGACGGCGAGACGCUGUCCAACAAGAUCAUCGCCUUGCUACGAAGAGAGGACGCUGAACAGAAAAGGUUCGCAUAUGAAGGGAAGGAGCUGGAGUUGCGCAGGCCGACGGGAAUGAGGCAUUGGGGUGCGGAGGAUAAAUGGAGGUUGUUCUGA